GGCUGCGUUUCGCCAUGGCUCUUGCUCGCUGAGGGAGCCAUGUUGAUGCCUGGGUCUGUGUCUGCCGCGGAGCUGGGCGAUUCACAAGGCUUUCCUGUCUGAGAGCGCAGCCGCUGAAUCCAGCCGUGAGAUGAGAGGAGGAAAGUCCGCGGGAACGGUGCAGGGUGCAGUUCUGUAGACAGGCCGUUAAGUUACACUCUUGAGUUCUCGGCAAGGGGAGUCGAUGCCAGUUAGCUUCGGGGCUAGGUAGCAACAGCUGGGCGGUUGCUCUUUGGAACGAUAUUUGUUUCUUUUGCGCCAUUUUCUUGGAUAAACUUUACCGAGUUGGAUCGGAGACCAUCGAGGGGACUGACCGAAAGGACACCAUCCCGUUCAUGAUGUUUUGAACCGGCUAACUAUUGUUAGCAUGGUAACGAUCAGGUCUGACCACCUCCAGUCACGACUAACAUCUGUGAGCUAAGUGAGUCCCGGCCGGCCGUUUCUUGGAGAAAACCAACUCCAAUGGAACACUUGGCUUUGUGACAGGGAUCCAGAAGUGGUUACGAGUCGGCUAUGGAGAUAUGCUUGGUCUCUGAAGGAAGCUAUCGAAACGCAUGCCCAGCCUGUUAUCUGGCAGCAGUGGUAGCAGUAGCUAACGAGGUAGCUGCCUAACUUUGCCGUCGCGGCGUCGUUUCUCGCGAGUCGACCUCUACCCGAAGCAAGCUGGCGGCCCCUCGCGUGGAAGCCGAGGACAAGGAGCUAGGCUCGAUGGUCUGGGUGCUGAAGAUGGACGACGCCACCAUCGAGUCUGGACUGGUGCACGACUUCGAUGCCAGUUUGUCUGGUAUCGGGCAGGAGUUGGGGGCUGCAGCCUACAGCAUGAGUGACGUGCUGGCACUGCCUAUAUUCAAACAGGAAGACUCCAGCCUCCCAACAGAAAGUGAGACCAAAAACCCCCCAUUCCAGUAUGUGCUCUGUGCUGCCACCUCACCUGCUGUCAAACUGCACGAUGAGACGCUCACAUACCUUAACCAAGGCCAGUCCUAUGAGUUACGUUUGUUAGACAACAGGAAGCCUGGUGAGUUACCGGAGCUCAACAACAAGAUGGUCAAGAGUACAGUGCGCGUGGUCUUCCAUGACCGCCGGCUGCAGUACACAGAACACCAGCAGCUGGAGGGCUGGAAGUGGAACCGUCCGGGCGAUCGGCUCCUAGAUAUCGACAUACCGAUGUCAGUCGGCAUUGUGGAGCCAAAAACUCACCCCUCACAGCUGAACGCUGCAGAAUUUCUGUGGGACCUGAACAAAAGAGCUUCUGUAUUUGUGCAGGUGCAUUGCAUUAGCACAGAGUUCACACCGAGGAAGCAUGGCGGAGAGAAAGGCGUCCCCUUCCGGAUCCAGAUUGAUACAUUUGCCCCAGGAGACAACGGGGAGUACACAGAACACCUCCACUCGGCCUCCUGCCAGAUUAAAGUUUUCAAGCCAAAGGGGGCGGAUCGGAAGCAAAAGACAGACAGGGAAAAGAUGGAAAAACGCACUGCUCAAGAGAAGGAGAAGUACCAGCCUUCAUAUGAUACCACUAUUCUGUCAGAAACAAGACUUGAGCCCAUCAUAGAAGAUGCUGGCGACCAUGAGCUGAAGAAGUCCAGUAAAAGGACUCUUCCUGCUGACUGCGGUGAUUCCUUGGCCAAAAGAGGAAGUUGUUCUCCUUGGCCAGACAAUGCUUAUGUCAGCACCAACCAGGCAGCUACACCCUCCUUCACCUCUGCACCGCUGUCCACCUAUACAACCUCCUCAGUACCGGACAGUGACUCCUCCUCACCCAAUCACCAGGUUGACCCUGGCAACCAAGGCAGCUCAGAGCAGUUGAGCCCCACUGCCUCGAUACAGGACACACAGAAAUGGCUCCUUAAAAACCGCUUCAACUCCUACACUCGGGUUUUUGCCCACUUCUCAGGUUCCGAUUUAUUAAAGUUAACCCGUGAUGACCUGGUCCAGAUAUGUGGCCCAGCCGAUGGUAUCCGACUCUUUAAUGCACUUAAAUCAAGAACUGUGCGCCCCAGGUUGACGGUUUACGUCUGCCAGGAGUCGGCCAGAGACAGCCCCCUGCUGGAGAGACACGGCAGCAGUGAAAAUGGAGAUCACAGCGUCUCCUCUAGUUUAAAUGUUUACCAUGCUCUCUACUUAGACGAGCUAACUGCUGCUGAACUCAUUCGCAAGAUGGCAUAUGUGUGCAGACUUCCACUCGGGAAAAUCAACCAGGUGUACAGACAAGGACCCACAGGCAUCCACAUCCUACUAAGUGAUCAGAUGGUUUACAACUUGACUGAUGAGAGCUGCUUUUUAAUCAGCACCGUUGAAGAUGAACUUGGUGAAGGACUACAUCUAAUCCUGAAGUAGUGAGGAGGACCGGAGGCGACUCUCAAUUCUUGGUCCUCCGUUCUCUCCUCUGCCUGCAUCCUCUCUUUCCUCCUGCUUCCUCCCUCUGCCUCUCUUCCUCCACCUUUACUAUACGGAAGAUGGACAGAUUGUGCGAAGCCAUGUAAAUGUUAGAAUCUGACAUGGGUGUGUCCACUGUUUCAUAUUGAAAACACUAUUUAACGGAGGAGUCCGGUUCGAAGAGAAGAGAUUUGGAGGUUUGGGAUGAGGGGAAAGGUUCUAAUUAUGUAUUUUACUUUUAUUGUUUUAUCUUUUUUUUUUUUUUUUUAUGUUUUACGUGAUGGCCAUGGGGGCGGUGAUGUUGUAGUGGACGUGAUAGUUUCCUCAUUGCCCUGUGUAGGAACACAACCAGCAUUAGGCCAGUAUUUGAUCACCUGUACUGCUGGACAGCAUGUGCGCUCAACAGACUAACGUGCUUAAAUUGCAAUGUACUCCGCUUGUUUAACAAGGGUUGUCUUACUUAAUUUGCUAUUCAGCUCAGCUUGGGAGUCUAAGAAAUACCAGGUGGCCUGCUUUGUUUCUACCGAUUUGAGUUCAGGCAGACAUACCGAUUUUAUUGACAAGUGUCAGGAGGAUUUGUCUCCCUGAGAUUACUGAAUCCCACCUUUACUUUUUUUUUUUUGUAGUUUUCACUGCAUCAUCUUGACUCUGCUCACCUCCGUUUAUGGAGGAGUGAAGUUCAUUGUUGUGGCCAUCAUGUUUCUGGUGUCUUGCUGGCUUUCAAGCAAAAGCACAAAAAGCCUGUGGCACCUGUCGUUUUCUCUGUCUUUGCAGAAAUGUGGUUUGUUAUGUUUGUUGGGAUCAUGAUCACCAGAAGUUUGACGUUUCUCUUUUAAUUAUGCGGACCAAGCAAUUUCAGAUUGAUGGAUGAACGUGUCUAAAUAAGUCUUGCUUUGCUUGACCUUUCAGAGUCCUGCGCCGAGACGUUUCAGUUUAAUUGCUUUUUGUCUCCGAUAAAAUGUGGCAGCUCCACAUUCAUCUUGUUUCUAUGUAGCUAAACGCACCAUGUACGGGUCAUGACAGGAAGUCUUGCACAGGUACUGGAAGACCUCUUGAAUUUAUUGUCUAAUGUGUGCAUGUGUUUGUUUUUGCAACAAUGUUAAUGGUGGGAUUGUUGUUUAAGCAUUAUUUCUCAUCUGUUCAUUUGUCAAAGAUCAUUUUAAAAAGAAAAAUAAUGAUUAGAAAUCCUUUGCUAUUAGUCAGCAUAUUUAAGUUUUCCUUCAAAUAAAUAUGUUAACUUGAUUGUGUGAUGAAACGCAGCAGUGGUUUCUCCUUUUGUUUUCUAUGGAUACUUGAACGUCGGAUUAGAUUUCAUAUUUUUGUGGAAUUCAGCUGGGAAUCAAAUUGUAAUACGGAGUGACUUCGAAAGAAGACAUUUGGUUGUGAGAUUUUAUACAGGGAAAUAUUAAGGAGUAUAGUUGACAUUAAAAUCAUUUAGUUAAGAUGCAGAAUCUGACAAAUCUGUGUAUUGGUGGUGAUACAUCCAUAACAGAAAACAUUCUCUAUAGAGGGUAUACGUGUCAUGUAUGGAGUUCUUUCAUGAAGCCUCUUCUCGCUGAUACUGGAGGUUGGUCAGAAGGACACUCUUGUAGAUAAGUGAUGUGGCAUCAUUCAUCUAGCAGCUCGUUGAUCGACAACCCUAGCUGCUUGUAUCAAUCGACAUUUUAUAUCUCCCGUCUUCACUGGAGUGAGGUGGAGAGAAGAAGGCCCGACUAAUGUCCUCAUGAGUUGAUGUGAAUGUCACGGAGUAUACUAGAAUAGGCUUUGGCAUUUGGCUGUGUAAUGAUAAUUCAAGAGGUCUUUUGAAACUGUAUUCAGCCACAGUGAGUGGGAAAAUAUUAGCCUAGCAACACCACUAAGCUCCCUCAGAUGGAUGUCUUGUGUCCAUUUCAAAGAAAGUUGAAUUACUGGUCCAAGUGCCCACCUUUACCGGUGCCGUAUCUGAACACAUGUUGGGCUCAGCUAAAAUUGCAGUGUCUCUUAUUAAAAGCCCCAGAUGGCUGCAGUCACCAAAACAUAUUUGGGAACUCUCCCCCAUGAGAAGAGUAUACAGUACUGAAGCUAAAGCUUCUUCCUUAAAAUGUACAGCUGUAUGGUUAUGGCAACAGAGCCGUAUCAGAAAUGUGUUUUUGCUGGUAAGUGUUGUUCAUUAUAAACCAUAAGUCUGCAGUUUUGGCACCUUCCUUUUGUUCCUUUUGUCUUUUAUGUGCAGAGUUUUCUCAUCUCUGUUUAAUCACCCCUGGUCAGCUCACCUGUCUGUUUUCUUUAGUCCAAAUGCAGAACGCCUGUAUCCCCUCAUUACAGUACAGACCACAGUCUCUCCGAUCAUAUUGUAUAAAAUAGACUGUCUUCUCAGAGGUAAUAUUAAAAAGGGUGGGUCGAAAAUAUCUUAAAAACAUGUUUAGAAUUCAAACCAUUUUGAAGAGUAGUCAACUUGACCUAUAUAAAUAAUUACAGAACACAUAACUGCUAUUUAUUUUUCUGAGGUGUUUCCAUUUAAAAUAAGUAAGUUGAUCACAUGACGAGCUUUGCUCUAGGUCAGCACGUUACACAACUGGAGUACCUCUGCAACAGUUGAGAAAGCUAGGGGUACACUCUUCAUGCAUUAUGCGUAAGCAAAUGCCAUAGAAGACAGGUUGCAAAAAUAACUUGGAUGAAUGGAUGUGUGAUAACGGGUAACAGGUGUUAAAACAAUUCAAAUUGAAACACUUAAUGACUUCCCCAAGAAUGAUUUUCUGCUGCAAAAGUCCAAAGGCAGUUGUGCAGGAAAACUGAAGAAGGAAGCGGAAAGAAAUGAGUGGUAUUGAUCCCUGCUGUCCGUGAUCCCCUGAGUUAGUCUCAAAGUUCUUGCUCUUCUGAAGCACACAAUUGUCAGUAUCAGUCUUGUGCAUGAACAGUGUUCAUAAAUGCUCUUGGCUCUGGCAUUUGCUUGAGUACGAGCAGCUUUUCCUGCAGGUGUUUGAAAGCCAACAAUCCCACCAGACGCACCAACCAACGUAUCCUCAUUGCAGUUUGACGUGAUAGUUUUCAGAAAUGGUGAAGCUUGCUGUAUAAUAGAGAGAGCAUGUUGAAGACUGGGAGGAGAAAUUCCAAGUGCAACUCCUUCACACUUGACCUGGAUGUGUAGUCUAUAGUCCUCGAGUCACGCCCUCCUCUUAUCACCUCUGACAAGUAGAGAAAAACAAAAACGUUGAGUGUUACACCACACAUCAGAGCUGGGCUUGUAACUUGUGCUUUGUUUAAGGGGUCAUGAUGCACCAAACACACCUGACUUGACUUGUAACUAUGUGAGCAGCACAGGCGACCGGUGAUGCUUGUGUGCGCUGAAUGCUGGAGAUGUACACAAACACGUUUUGGGAAUAAAAGAUUUCAUAACUUUU